AUGGCCGUGCCGAGGUUUGAACUCCGCACAUCUGACAUGCGAGACCCGCAAGAUUGCAAAUUAGUGUCGCUUGUGAACGUCAGUCAGUCGGCACGCCCGAGUCGAGUCGGUAAAUACUUCAGUCACUGGGGUAUGGGCUUGAAAGUUCUGUGCACGAGUUCUUUGAACGCGAAUAAGCACCACUGUGGUGUAUCAACACAUGCAAACAAACUGCCCAGCUUAGCGAACAAACUUACGACUUCUUCGCGUCGAAGGCAGCGUGGAUUCAAUCCGUCUCAGAUGCCAAAUCCAGCAGCGGGCCAUCCUCUGCAUGCAGUUUGCCCGAUCAUGCCCGCCGAGUACCACACAACACAUGCGUACGGCAGUUAUGCUUUUCCACCUGUGUAUCCGGCCUCACACAGUCAGUCCUAUCCGAAUCUGGUCAGGACUGGACACGUUUCCGGUACUCCAGACCCCAUCAUGCACCAGAUGAGUAACAACAACGACUACCACCUCUUCGCACGACACCCACGUGGAUCGGGUAUCGAUGGGAACACAUCAACCUUCGGCUAUCAGUCCUCUGCAACGGCAUAUCCGGAACUAACCCAAGAGUACAAAGAUGGACCUUGCCCAACCACUGUGGUACCGCUUCCUUCGUAUGACUAUGCAAUGGGCAGGUUGGACGCCCUGAACGGAAACGUGACCGUGAGCGAUGAGGACGGACAAGAGCGUGAAGACGAACUGGCGCGUGAGAAGGCCAGUCCCCCGUCAAUUGUGAACACGUUUGUUCGUCAACGGGACGGUAUUCGAAUUUAGGUUGACUUUCAAUGUGCUUUGUCCAAAUUCCCACAGAGAAUCAAGGAUAUUUUGCUCUGAAACAGAACUCGGCGAUGCUUUGACCUGUAUGUGUGUCUCAUUGCGAGCUAUGUCAGUUUGUACUCUCGGUCGUUGAAUAAUUC